CCUGAAGCGAACGGAGCCAGCGCCGGCGCAACUGCCGCAGGAGGAGUGAGGUGCGGGGCGCGCUGCGCCGGCAGGUGGUAAAAACCUUCAGAUGGCAGAUAACAGUUUUUCAGAUGGGGUUCCUUCAGAUUCCGUGGAGACUGCUAAAAAUGCAAGUGGUGAUGCAGAAAAGCUCACAGAUCAGGUGAUGCAGAAUCCUCAAGUUUUGGCAGCUCUACAGGAGCGACUUGACAAUGUCUCUCACACUCCUUCCAGCUACAUUGAAACUUUACCUAAAGCAGUAAAAAGAAGAAUUAACGCAUUGAAACAACUUCAGGUGAGAUGUGCUCAUAUAGAAGCCAAGUUCUAUGAAGAAGUUCAUGACUUGGAAAGAAAGUAUGCAGCAUUGUACCAGCCUCUCUUUGACAAGAGAAGAGAAUUCAUCACUGGUGAUGUUGAGCCAACAGACGCGGAGUCAGAGUGGCACAGCGAGAACGAGGAGGAGGAGGAGCUGGCUGGAGACAUGAAAAGUAAAGUAGUCAUAGCAGAAAAAGAAGCUGCAGCAGCUGAAGAACCAAAUCCCAAAGGAAUUCCGGAGUUCUGGUUUACCAUCUUCAGAAAUGUAGAUAUGCUAAGUGAAUUAGUGCAGGAAUACGAUGAACCAAUCUUGAAACACCUGCAGGAUAUUAAAGUGAAGUUUUCAGACCCUGGACAGCCUAUGUCUUUUGUAUUAGAGUUCCACUUUGAACCCAACGACUACUUUACCAAUUCAGUCCUGACAAAAACAUACAAGAUGAAGUCAGAGCCAGAUAAGGCCGAUCCCUUUUCCUUUGAAGGUCCUGAAAUCGUUGACUGUGAAGGGUGUACCAUUGACUGGAAGAAAGGAAAAAACGUAACAGUCAAAACCAUCAAGAAAAAGCAGAAGCAUAAGGGUCGAGGCACUGUUAGGACGAUUACUAAACAAGUGCCCAAUGAGUCCUUUUUCAACUUCUUCAGUCCACUGAAAGCAUCUGGGGAUGGAGAAUCACUGGAUGAAGAUUCUGAAUUCACAUUAGCCUCUGAUUUCGAAAUUGGACACUUCUUCCGUGAGCGGAUUGUCCCGCGGGCCGUGCUCUACUUCACUGGGGAGGCCAUAGAGGAUGAUGACAAUUUUGAAGAAGGAGAGGAAGGAGAAGAAGAGGAAUUAGAAGGGGAUGAGGAGGGAGAAGAUGAGGACGAUGCCGAAAUUAAUCCCAAGGUGUAAUUUUUGUCUGUUAAUCACUCAUACGUUUCUAGGUACGGUGGAACUUCAUUCAUACCUAACCUCCACAUCUGUGGCCUGUGCUUUGUGCAGCGCACUGCUCUCACUUCAUGGACAGAGAGGAAGCUGCUGUCCAAGCACACUCAGCAUGUGACAGGCUUGACACGGCGCUUUCCAAAGAGCACGGUUGUUGUACAGAUGUCUGUUGUUGUAUACUGAUAAAAUCAACGAACAAAAACUA